AUGCGUCCUGUGCCACUAGCUAGAAAUAUAAGACACUUGCCCUGUAUAUCAAGAAGAACAGGACAGGAAGGUCUUUGUAUGUUCGCCAUAGAUUGCCUCAAAGCCAAUGGGUCUCACUUAGGGACCUGUAUAGACAGGUUCUACUUCGGAUCCUGCUGCCAAAUCCCAGACAAAACCAUACUACCACAAAUUAUAGGCAAUAACAUUGAAGAUAAUUCGAUAGACAGUGCUAAUUUUGUUCAUCCACAAAUUGAAGACAAAGUACAUGCAGCAACAAGCAAGAUUCCAGAUAUAUUCGCUUCCAAAAAAACUACUACGACAACAACAGAAAAAAUCGAUAAUACAGUAACUGAAAAAUCUGAAACCGUACUCGAUAGAACAGAAGCGAUUGAUUUAGAAACGAAAUCUGAUGAACAAUCGACUAUCGAUAACAAAAUAUCGAAUGACGAUAUCAAGUUCACUACAUCAGCCAUCGUAGAAACUACUGUGAGAACUGAGAAUAGAAUCACCGAGGCACCAGUCACUGAGCUACCUAUGAAGCUAUCAACGUUCCAAACAGUUUCUAGCGAAAAUAACGUAGUAACUGAGAAGCCUCAUGAAGAAGAGGUUACUAAAGUUACGACUGCAAAGCCGAAGCCUACUCGGAAACCUUCGAGGCCGACCUUCAGGCCUUCGUCGCAAAAGCCAUAUAACCACACAAGACCUCAAUACACCUUAUCUACGUACAAACCAAGGCCUGUGAAGCCUGUGUACAAUACUACAAGGAAACCUCCUUACAGGCCUCCUAGCAAACGACCUGCUACAAAGAAACCUUUGCCAAUCCCUCCCAGAUUGAACAUAACAAUACUACCUCAGUCGACUAGCUCAAAACCAAUAUUCACGCGACCCUCAUCAGUAUCUAUCACUUACAUCAACACCACAGUUGCUACUUCAACAACUUCUGAACCAACCACUACAACAACAACUACAACGACAACGACAACCACAGAAGCACCUCCAACAACUGUUCUAACAACUUUAGUAACAGAGAAAGUUGUUGAAGUAAAUCAACCAACAACAGAAGCUGAGAAAACGACUCUUUCAUCUAUCACUGAGACAGAGAAACCAGUUGAUAAAACAACUAUUUCAGAAGGAACCAUUGAAACUACAAUAACCGAAGCUGUUAAGGAGACAACUGUGCAAGUAUCCGAAGCAACUGAGGUGGUUUCGACUACCGAAGCAGUGCAGGUGGUUACAGAAGCAGGGCAAUUGGUUACUGAAGUAGAAGCUACGUCACCUUCUGCUUCUACUGAACCAGCUAAGGUUGAAACCUUGACCACGUUGGAAUCCACUGUGAACUUCAGGCCUCCUUCACAUAGACCAACUGUUCCAAAAGCCAUCAGACCACCAUCUGUGGUUGUCUGA